UCGCCAUCUGGAUGAAAACUCCCUCUUACAUAUCUAUCACCGUUUACAGGCAAUGUGGGAAGGAAGUACCGGUUGCAAGGAAGUUGUUCAUGCUUCUUCCUUCAUUGACUUUUUUGUUGGCAAAAUAAAUCAGCAAGUAGACAAUUGUUUGUUAUGCUUCUUCACUCAUUGACUUUUCAACAAUACACGAAAGUCGUCUCCAUCCAUGGUAUCGCCCAUUGCAAAAUAGUUGGCGACAUGUGUGCCUAGUUGACUAUGCUGAAGGACAUCUCAAACUAGCAAGCUAGCUGGACCACAGGCUGAUAAUUUGAGGGAGCUCUUCUACAACGAAGAAACAGCCAAGCCAAUGUUCCCUGUUUUGCAAAUCUAGUCUUGGUUUGCAGUUUGCAAAUGGAUUACCAAUGGAGCAACCUUAGGGAUUUCCUUCAAACAAAUGUACAAGAGGUGCGUGAAAGAUCAUACAGCAACUAUAACCUAAUAUUUUACACGCAAAAAGAGAUAGAGGACAUUACCAAUGGAUAUUCUACCGUAUUGGGAGAAGGGGGAUUUGGUAUGGUUUACAAAGGAAUAUUAGAUGAUCAGCGUCCAGUUGCAGUAAAAAGGUUCAAAAAUGAAACCAAGAAGGAAGAUUUUGCCAAGGAGGUGACUGUGCAUUCUCAGAUAAACCACAAGAAUGUUGUCAGACUGUUAGGUUGCUGCACGGAUGAUAAUGCUCUUAUGAUUGUUAUGGAAUUUAUCUGUAAUGGAAACCUCUACAACAUGCUUCACGGCAGCAAUGAGGCCGGUCUUGUCCCUUUCCCUUUGGAAAAACGUCUGGACAUUGCGGUUGAGUCAGCUGAAGCACUAUCCUGCAUGCAUUCAAUGUAUAGUCCUGUCCUUCAUGGUGACAUCAAACCGGCUAAUAUAUUGUUGGACGAGAACUGCUUGCCCAAGAUAUCUGAUUUUGGAAUAGCAAGAUUGCUUUCUACUGGUGAUGCCCAGCAUACAGAAACUGUCAUAGGUCCCAUAGGUUACAUGGAUCCUUUAUACAUAAAUAGUGGGAAAUUAACUCCAAAGAGUGACGUGUAUAGCUUUGGAGUUGUUUUGCUAGAAAUAAUUACGAGAAAAAAGGCGGUCGACGGGAACACUAUCCUUACUCAAAGUUUCAAUGAGGCCUUUGGAAAAGGGAAGAAGGUGAGACACUUGUUUGAUGAGAAAAUUUCGUCUGGAAAAAAGAACACUAAGCUGCUUGAAGACGUUGCAAAGCUAGCAAUUGAGUGCUUGAGAUGGAAUGACAACCUGCGCCCACAAAUGAUAGAAGUGGCUGAUAGACUAAGGAUGAUUAGAAAAGCUCUGCACAAGCUCAGGGGCAGACAUAGUGCUGGGUUUUCAGGCAGCAACUAUGUCGACCCCUCCAGCAAAACUCCGCCAACUUCGCCCAUUAUUACACUGGACAAACUGAAGAGCGUAAGCAAGAACUUGAUGCCUCCUGAUGUGCUAGGAUGUGUCCCAUACACUACUUUUUUCCUUGGAACCACAGGUGGCAACAGACGUGUGAUAAAGAAGCUCGAUGCCUCACUUUUUGAGGAAUUCCAGGACCAGGUUCCGAUCAUUUCAAAAUUGAAGCACGAGAAUGUUGUCCACCUUUUUGGGCACUUUGUUGAAGGGAACGUUCAUGUUCUUGCAUAUGAGUAUGCAACAAUGGGCUCCUUGCACGAUGGAAUACGACGGCGUGCUCUAUCAUGGAAGCAGCGGGUGAAGAUCGUCUUAACUGCUGCAAAAGGGCUUGAAUUUCUCCACGAGAAAGCAGAGCCUCCCAUCAUCCACAGCAACAUCAAAUCCAGAAACAUACUUAUCUUUGAGAACGAUGUUGCAAAGAUUGAGUACCUUGGUGUCUCUGGAGACCCUUGUACGAGUGACUAUGAUCCAUUCGAGGAGUUCAGCAUGAAGUGUGAUAUCUACAGCUUUGGGGUGGUGCUAUUGGAAAUU